GGGAGGUGGACCGUGGAGAGACACACAGCACUUUGGAGAGAGCAAAGAAGAUGACGAGUUCAUGGGACUGAGCACUAAUAGAGAUAUCCUGUCACUUCAUACUGUGGAGAGUAAAAUCAAGAUUUUCCCAGCAAGCAGGAAUUUGGCUCUGCUGCAUUGUACUUAACCAGUAUGGACUGCCUGUGGAUUUUGAUCAGUGAUGGGUCUUGAGGCUCUGGCUGCUGAAACAAUGUACCGGCUGACCAAUGCCUGGAGUACCACCGCUAUACUACAAAGAAAGUGAGCGACUGCAGAAAUGACUGAUGAGGCACCAGCACUUCUUUACUCCAUGCCAACAUCACCAUGUUAAAAAAGGGGUUCGAAACAGAGGACCUGAUUUACAUAGUCCUAGAGGUGGUCAUUGCCGUUUUGGCCAUCCUUGGCAACGUACUGGUGUGCUGGGCUGUGUGGAUUAACAGCAACUUACAGAACGCUACCAACUAUUUUGUGGUAUCCCUGGCUGCGGCAGAUAUCGCUGUGGGGGUACUUGCUAUUCCGUUUGCUGUUGCGAUAAGCACUGGAUUUUGUGCUACCUUCCAUGCUUGUCUCUUUAUUGCUUGCUUCGUUUUGGUGCUGACGCAGAGUUCCAUCUUCAGUCUUCUGGCGAUAGCUGCAGACCGCUAUAUUGCUAUUCGCAUCCCACUCAGGUAUAACAGUCUGGUAACCAGUCGAAGAGCCAACGUGAUCAUUGCUGUCUGCUGGCUGCUGUCCUUUGUUAUUGGUCUUACUCCCAUGCUAGGCUGGAACAGGAAGGAUAUUGUAGCAGAAAACUCAUCUCGAUGCAGCGCCCCCAUGUUAGAGUGCCUAUUUGAAAAUGUUGUGACUAUGGAUUAUAUGGUAUAUUAUAAUUUUUUUGCAUGUGUGUUGGUACCAUUAGUGCUCAUGCUGGGGAUUUAUUUAAGAAUCUUCAUGGCAGCCAGACGCCAGCUAAAACAGACUGAGUCAAAAGUGACAUGUGGUGAACGCUCUCGGUCAACACUGCAACGAGAAGUCCACGCCGCCAAGUCACUGGCUAUUAUUGUGGGCCUAUUUGCAAUCUGCUGGUUACCCCUGCACAUCAUCAACUGCUUUACUCUCUUCUGUGAGGCUUGUGUGCGCCCCCCACCUUUACUCAUGUACUUUGCAAUUCUAUUUUCUCAUGCUAACUCAGUGGUGAAUCCAUUAAUAUAUGCCUACCGCAUACGUGAGUUCCGCCAGACAUUUCGUAAGAUUUUGCAUCAACAUAUCUUUGGUCGAGCACAACCUUCUCAGACACGUACAGCCAGUGGCAAGUCUUUAACACACGGAACUGAUUUAGUGUCAGGAAUGAAUCAGACUACUUUCAAUGGAUGCAUGGAAAUCAAUGGGAGUAGCUGUAAAUUGAAAGAAGCCUGGCAUCAAAAUGGGUAUCGUACUGGGGAGAGAGUUGACCGGACAACAAUUCAAGAAUCAGAAAACCAACAGAAAGAAAAGCUGAUACAUUCUUGAAGUUUACUUUGAGCAUAGACAUUUACAUGUUGUGAACAGAGACGAUGGUGGGCUUCUCAAAUUGGAGAUUAUGUGGACUUUUUGUUGCUAUGUUUUGACACUCAUUUAUUUAUUAAACAAAACUGCGAAGUU